AUGUUUAAUAGUUCACUUAAUUUAAGGCAAAUUAGUAAAAUUAUAGCAUCUCGGAUUUUGGAUGGGGUUUUCAUAGGAAAUUAUUAACCUCUAUAAGAAUAGUAGUAUAUGAAAAUCAACCAAAUAACUCAUGUAGUGAAUUGUGCAGCAGCAGAAAUCCAAGUUCCUGAGAAUUUAUCUGCGUUAAAUUAUUAUUGGAAGGAUUAAGACUCAUAAACCAUCGUCACAAUAGAAACAAUCAGAGAAAUUUAAACAUUUGUUGAGAAAGCAUUAAAAAGAGGUGAAAGUGUUUUAUUUUGUUGUGUAAAUGGCCAAAGUCGAUCACUUACCGCUCUGGUGAGCUAUCUUAUGUUAAGAUAUAGCUGGAGUUUAUUCAAAGCUCUUCAAUAUAUCAACAUUUAGUAAAAGGAAUUCGAAAUUAGAUCCACUUUUUUAAAGUAGCUAAUUGUAUUUGAGAAAGAGUAAUUGAAGGGAAAAGUAAUUAGUCGAAAUUGGAAUCAAACACCCUUGGAUCGAGAGGAAUUGCUCUUAUAAAAUACUUACUUAAAUUCUGUGCAAAAGGAAAAAGAUGAUCAAUUGAUAAAUAGUAUUCCGAAAAGUCCGAUAAUUUUCAAAAGAAAGUCAAUCUCUUGGUAAGAAAAAUAGAUUGCUCUAAGUAAUCUAGAUAUUUGUUAAAAUUUUUCAAAGGAAAAGAAGUUUAAUAAAUCCAUUCUAAAACCCAGUAAUUUUUCAAAAUCUGAAUUGAAUAAUUCUUAAUCAAAAGCUUAAGCAAGCACUACACUUCAAAAACCGAAAAGUAAAAAUGAAGAAUUGUUUAUCAGGAAAAACAGCUAGUAUAAUAGAAAUAAUUAAUUGAGAACUUUGACACCUCUUAAAAAAGGAAAAAUUUUUGACUCAAUUACUCCACGAUUACCCAUGAGAAAGUAUCUAGAAAUAGAGCUCUAGUCUUCAUAAUACCAAUAGAGAUUCAGAUCAUAAACUACCACGCCUCGUUGUAAUCAAAACUUUAGAAAUUAGAAUGCAUCUUAUAUUUCAGUUGAUGUAGAUUAGGAAUCAUCAAAAAGAAAUCCUCAUCUAAUUCGUAGGGCUUAAUUUAAAUUAUCCUAAUUGUUGUGA